GUGUCCUCCUACCUGUACGUCAGGUAAAACACAACAAAUUACUCGACCUAGACACGAAUUGUGGCGACGGUCGACCAACGAGCCUCUACGCUGAUACAGAUUACCUAUCUUUACCAUCGACCCAUAUAAUCUGCACGCAGAAAGACGUUCAGUUCCUGAUUAGCAUAUUAUGCCACUUUUGGAUUUGCAACUCUUCUGGUCAAAGCGAUGAUAAAAUAUCGGAAAUAUGUAGCAGGUAUGUCGUCCUUGUCGCCGAAUCUUUGAUGACAAUGGAACGACGGAGGUGUAGUGUGAAGUGAUGGUGAAAAAGAAACCGCUAUCUACAGACUUUCAUCUUCCAUUCUUAUCAUUAUCAUCAAAACCAUGAAAGUGAGAAAUUUUAAGGAAAUCCAAAUCUUAUUGUGUAUUUGCUUAGUCCACAGCAUCAUGGCAUCUCCUGAUUCUGAUGUAUGUGGAAUUCCGGCCUGUCGGAAUAAAACGAGCCCUCUGCCAUCCAUCAACAUGUUUAGUCUCCAUGGAAACUAUGUGCCUUUCAAAGGGAUAGCGUAUUUACUUAUUCCACCUCAGGGUAUGCACUGCUACAUAAAUCUCACCACCAUUUUACAUAAUUACAAUUUCACUCAGGAUCCAGCUGUUGCUGUAUUGGCUAUCCAUUGUCAACAGCCCUUUGUUAUACAUAUGAGUAGUUACGUCGGAGAUUCGCUCAGUCAUAUCUGGUACUACUUCCAGAUGCAAGGAUGUAGGACAAGCUAUAAAAGUCUGAACCGUCUGUCCACUGCCGUCGACCUGAAGACCAUUACCAUGCCAAACAGGGCAUACAUACACACCAACGGUUCCGAUUGUCUCUCAUCGAACGAAUCCAUUCCUCGAUGUCACAGUAUCUAUAACUUGCAUUCUAUCUGGAUCACCCAUUCCCAUGGUUACCUGGAACAGGAUCUUGAUGACCUUUUCCAGUGCUCGGAUGUGUUUCCUAAUAUGACGGAAUUAACUAUUACAAAUAUGUCUCUAACUGAACUUCCGCCGUCUAUCAUCCGGAAGAUUCCCAAUGUUCAAUCUUUAGAAAUAUCCAACUGCAAACUCACUCUUCCACCUAAAGGUUUUCCAUGGACGGAACAAUCUGUAAGGCUAAAGGGUAAUCUUACAAUGGAAGACUAUUUCCUUGAACAUUAUGGAAAACCAUUUAAUAUUCAAUUGGAUCCAAACCUAUACCGAAGGAUUCUAAAUCUCAACUUUAACCGUAUAGCAAAUCUAUCCAACUUCUCUUUUAGAGGAUAUCUCCAAAUGAUUCGGUUGUCAGGAAACGGGAUGAUAGAAAUAGGAUCGUCAACCUUUCGACAUCUGGUUGGUAUUCAACAUAUAGAUUUGUCCUUAAAUAAACUUCGGUCGCUACCGGAAGUACUUUUCCAAGGAUUAACCAGCUUACGCCAUAUUGAUUUAAGCAGAAAUACCAUAGCAUCUUUACCUCAAAACAUUUUUAAAGACGUAACGAAUGUAGUUUAUCUUAACUUAGCUAACAACGCAUUAGUUCAUCUACCGACAGGUGUUUUCUCAACUUUAUCACACUUAAAAGAAAUCCACUUAGAACAUAACCAAUUGAUGACAAUUGAGGCCCAGUCUUUUCUCAUAUCAUCAACCACUCUGACUAUGUUGUAUUUUGACAAUAACCCGCUAAAGGUUAUACCCGAUAUAGUGUUUUACCUGCGUUACCUCAAUACUGCUUAUCUCAGGAAUACUUACAUAUCCUUCAAUAACUUGACGGAGCUAACGUCCCGCGUGAACUGGUCUCGGAUGACUGACGCCGUCAUUGAGUCAACCAGUAGUGCUAAUUUAGACCUGAAUAAACCAGCUGUCACACUACGAAAGGUAGAUCUGACCGGAAGUGCAAUAAAAUCAAUAUGGAUUCAGACAAAUCUAACAAAAUUCCAACACACAUUUCUUCUUCUUGCUCUUCGCCAUUUCCAUUUCAUUCUGGAUAAAAAUAAUGUUACGUGUGAUUGUAAUAUUGUCACAUUCUCAAGAUGGAUUCAUAAGCUUAAGUAUGACGGACUGCUGACGGGUAAGGAAUAUUUCUUCAGAGACUGGGUUUGCAUGUUCCCAGUAGAACUCAGGGGAAGGUUACUCCUUGACAUAAAACCGGAAGAGACCUACUGUGUCACAAAUGUAAGACAUUGCCCAACAGAUUGUUGGUGCUAUAAGCGGACUUUGUCGGAUGUGAUUAUUGUGGACUGUCGAGGUCGAAGUUUGGAGACAAUUCCGAGUGUUUUGCCAGACGGCCGUCUCGACUUGUGGUUCCAUUACAACAACAUCACCGUCUUGGAAAACAAAUCAUACCUGCCUAGAGUCCGACAACUUGUCCUCAGUAACAACAAUGUAGAACUAAUCGAAAGCUCGGCUAUGUCUUCUAUGAAAAAUGUCCUUCUUCUUCAUCUGGAUUCGAAUCUUCUGGCGACACUUCCAAGUCAAAUUCGUAAUAUGGAAAUCCCCUCGAUGUUGCUAAAGAACAAUCCUUUUCGUUGCGACUGCCAUACCCUUUGGAUGAAAUCAUGGAUAUUAAAACACCAAAGUCGUAUACCAGACUGGACGGAUAUCGCUUGUAACAGUCACAAUGACGAUGGGACGCAGUUUGUUGGCCUCCCUGACAAGGAGUUCAUAUGUGUGGAAGAUUUCGACUCGGUGAAACACGUAAUCACUCCGGCUGUAUCUAGCUCGCUCUCUCUUGCAGUGUUCUUGGUAGCACUUGGCUUACUCUAUAUCUACCGUCUGGAGGUGAAAGUCCUCCUGUAUAUCUACUGUGGUAUUCAUCCAUUCGACAAGGACAAGAGAGGUGGAAAGGAGAAAAUAGACGCGGUUGUUAUACACGCUCCGGGAAUUACAGAUUGGGUGAUGAAAAACAUUGUAACCUAUCUCGAGGAAAAUGCACAACAUUACAUUAUUUGCGAGAUGAAUAGGGAUUUCGUCGCCGGCUUUUCCUAUCAAGAGAAUAUAGUCAGUAUCGUUCGGAGGAGUAAGCGGAUGAUUCUUGUCCUUUCGGAUGAAAUGACCGACACACACGACAUGUUUAAAGUGGCAUGGAGAGAGGCACAGGAGAAAAUUAAAGAAAAGAGGACUAAUUAUGUCAUUGUGAUAGGCCACAACAGACCGCAAAAGAAACUGACAAACAAAGAUCUUAAACGGUACCUGAAAAGGGGGAGGUAUGUUCAUACUGGUGAAAGUCUCUUCCAUGAAAAGAUAUUAUACUCGAUGCCAAAUUACAAAUACAAUGUUGACAAUGAAGGAGUUCGAGGCUUGCCUGACAUUCGACAGUGUAUACAAAAAACGUAUGAUGCAGAAGACAAAAUGGAAAUCCAAUUUGACGCAUUCCUUGCAUACGGCGAAGCCGAUAGAGACUUUGCCGUCAACGAACUCAGAAAUGACUUGGAGAAAAAUGGAUAUACCUUAAUCAUACCCGAUCGUGAUUUCCCGCCAGGAGCAUCAAAAGAGGAAAACGUGCUACAAGCUGUAUCUAGUUGUCACCAUACCCUGUUCAUUGUGUCUGGGGAACAUCUCGAGGACGAAUGGUCACUAUUUACCUUCAGAUCAGCAAGCGAGAAAUCUUUACGUAAUAAAAGUAACCAUCUUAUCCUAGUGUCUGCACACAAAGAGGACAUUGUCAUUGUCGACGAGGAAGUCCGAUAUCAUAUGAAGACACAAGUGGGACUUGAUAUUAAUAGUCCGUGGUUCUGGGAUAGACUUCACAAGGCUCUGCCGCCAAAAGGUAUUGAGAAUGGGCAAGCUCAGCAAAUGCUUGUAGAGGACGAGGGAAAUGUAGAAGAGAUAGAAAGAAUAAAAAUGCUCAAAGAAGAAGAGAAUGAAGAAAAGGAGAAGGAAAUUGAAAGAAUAAAAUUAUUCAAAGAGGACUGGGAUGAGAAUGGCGGAAAGCAUAAAGACACAGAGAGAAUGAAAAUGAAAAAUGGGAAUUCUAUUAUCUUGCUUGAAAAAGAUAUAUUUGAUGAUGAACCCGCACACAUGGACAUCCAACAAAUUGAAGGCAACGAAAGUAUAUUGUUUAAAGCAAACUUAAAUGAAAUAGAAAUAGUAGAUGCUAUAGAAGAGGAUGACGAAAUUCCAAAAGGACAAGAAAGUCAUUUGGAAGUUACCUAUGUCUAAAUGUGAAAGUAUUCAGUAAUUUAACACUUUUGUUAGGUCGACAAGUUAUCAUGUUGUUUUUUAUGAAGUUUUAAGCAUUCUUUAAUAAAUAACAAAUACUGUUACAAAUUCUGUCUCACAACAACUUGUAACUUCUACCAGGGUCAUUAAUACAUUAAUAUAAUGAAAAUUAUUACUUCAUUAUACGCAUGUUCGCACACACAAAUUCUUUCUCUCAACAGCUUGCAACAUUUUCUCACACACGCGAGCAUUCUCUCACACACGCGUACAUGAUGUAUAUUCUCGCACACGCGUACAUCCUCUCACACACGCGUACAUGAUGUAUAUUCUCGCGCACGCGUACAUCCUCUCACACACGCGUACAUGAUGUAUAUUCUCGCGCACGCGUACAUCCUCUCACACGUAAAUUCUCUCACACAUGCGUUCAUUCUUUAACACUCUUAAAUUCGCUCACACGCGUAUAUUCUCUCACACACGCAUACAUCCUCUCACAUGCGUACAUCAUCUCACACACGCGCACAUCAUCUAUCUCACACGCACGCAUUCCUCACAUGUGGUGACUGAUUAGGAUCAUUUUUAUUCGAAAAUGCGUCAUUCAAAAAACUAAAACGGUACUAUCUUGUUCGCGCUUAAAACUACGCUUUAACAUUUUGACCUGAAAAGUGACGUUUCCCAAUGCAGUAAAAAGCGAAAUAGUAAAAAUGCCUCUAAUCAACCAUCAUAGUCACCGCACAAGCACAUGCGCGCACAACUAUCGAACAUUUUAGCUAUUUUUCAUCAUUGUAUUAACACAAAUAAACAUCAAUAAGAUAUUACAUCUUUGGUGCUAUGAAAUGAUCAUGAAAAUGACAUCGUUUUACAUUCUCAAUUAUAUUUGGAUACAUAUUGUAUUUGGUUCCAUUAAUUAUUACUAUUUAUUUUUCUUCCAUAAUAUCAAUUUAAUUUCUUAAUAUUAACAAAAAAAUGUUUGUUUUGUUCAGAUUUUUUAUUUAUCUAAAAUAAAUUCCUUGUAAUACUUGCUUCGAGUUUCAAUUUAUCUAUUCUUUAAGGAUAAUAUAUGGGGGAGAACAGCAUGAUCUGAAAGGU